AUCCCUUUGCACAUGCGCAGCAGAACCCGCUAAGGUCACUUCCUGCCAAAUAGUGCUCCUUAACAACAGACAAAGCUUAACUCUAAGGAUUCCUGUGAAGACGCUGACUAACGGCGCUCCUGGUUCCCCCCUCAAUGGGACCCGCCGGGCUGUCCAGGUGCAGAGCGUAGGCUGAGCGUGGAGACAUGUCGAGUCGCUCGGCUGCAGAGAUGGACGACUCGCAGGAGCUGCCGGCGAAGAAGGCGAAGAUUGAGACGGAGGACGGCGUGGAACAGCAGAGUAAUCUGGUCGAGGGUUCGAGCCCGGCCGCUGUCAUCGCUUCGUCGGAUCAGGACGGGCCGUACGCGACGCUCUCCACAGCGCAGCUCGAUGCAGGUGAACGGAAGCAGCCGAGGGCGGACGGCGGUUCAUCAAACCAGCCGCGUGGCGACGCCGUUGCCUCGUACUCACACGCAGCUGCCGACCCAGCAGCCACGGCCGACUAUACCCAGGAGGUCUACCAGGGGAGCGGCCCAGCCGUGACGUCCUACACCGGUCAGGUGGCCUUCCCUAAUCUGGCCCAGUCUACUGUGUAUUCAGCGUUUCCCCAGACAGGACAGACCUACGGCCUCCCACCCUUCGGUACAAUGUGGCCAGGCAUUAAAACUGAGACAGGGCUGCCGGAGGCACCCUCUGGUGGCCAGCCUGGGUUUCUCAGCUUCAGCACCGCAUAUACCUCAACCCAGCCGGGCCAGCUGCACUACUCAUACCCGAGCCAAGGCUCCAGCUUCACCACGUCCAGCGUGUACUCCAGCAUCCCCCCUGCUACGGCUGUUACCACCGCCUCCACCGCAGCAGGACACCAGGAGUUCAGCACCUACAACUCUCUGGGACAGAACCAGUUCUCCCAGUACUACGCUCUUCCUCCCAGCUACGUGCCCGCCGGGCCACCCGGCAGCGACGAGCACGGUGCCGGGGUGGGCGUGGUGGGAUACUCGGCGGUGAAGUCGGAGGAGGCUGCUUCAGCUGGACUACCUCCCCGAGACGCAUCUCCACCUGAGAACCUGCCAGCGAGCGCGGCUCUUCCUGCAGGUGUGCCUCCACCUGCCGCCGCCAGAGACCAGGACGAGCUCGGCCGCAGGAACUCCGUGGGAAAAGCCAAAGGAAAGGCCAGGAAGUCGGAGAGUUCCUCGCCGGCCGACAGCGACCUGGAGAGGAUUUUCCUGUGGGAUCUGGAUGAGACCAUCAUCAUCUUCCAUUCUUUGCUCACCGGCUCCUACGCGCAGAAGUUUGGGAAGGACCCUGCGACUGUGCUGAACCUGGGUCUGCAGAUGGAGGAGCUGAUCUUCGAGCUGGCAGAUACUCAUCUUUUCUUCAACGACCUGGAGGAGUGUGAUCAGGUCCAUGUCGAGGAUGUGGCGUCAGAUGACAACGGCCAGGACCUGAGCAACUACAACUUCCUGACUGAUGGAUUUAAUGGUCCCAGUGGAGGAGGAGCAUCAGGAGCCGCCACAGGAGUCCAGGGGGGGGUGGAGUGGAUGCGCAAACUGGCCUUUCGCUACCGCCGGCUAAAAGAGAUCUACAACAGCUAUAAAGGAAACGUUGGAGGUCUGCUGAGUCCUAUAAAGAGGGAGCUGCUGUUAAGGCUUCAGUCCGAGAUCGAGAACGUGACGGACGCCUGGCUCAGCACGGCGCUCAAGUCUCUGCUGCUCAUCCAGUCCAGGGGGAAGUGUAUGAACGUGUUGGUCACCACCACCCAGCUGGUUCCUGCUGUGGCCAAGGUUCUGCUGUAUGGUCUGGGAGACGUCUUCCCCGUCGAGAACAUCUACAGCGCCACUAAGAUAGGAAAAGAGAGCUGCUUCGAGCGGAUCGUCUCCCGCUUUGGGAAAAAAGUGACGUACGUGGUGAUCGGUGACGGUCGGGAUGAGGAGUUCGCAGCCAAACAGCACAACAUGCCGUUCUGGCGGAUCUCCACCCACGGCGACCUCGUCUCCCUCCAUCAGGCGCUGGAACUGGACUUCCUGUAAACAGGGAACCUGUCGUCAUGGCGACAACUGGUGGAGUGGCGCAGUUAAAAAACACCAACACACACUCACCUCUCUGCUCUCAAUGUGUGACGGCUGGAGGCGGAGCAUGAGGAACAAGCCCCUCCCCCUCCUCCACGGCAGCUAAACUCAAAGUGGCACUGAUUGGACACUGAAGAUGACGUCCAUGUUUCUCUCUUUUUUUUGUGAAUCAUCGUCUGACCCCGGAGACGAGCGGACGGAUGAUUUAUUGUUUUAUUUCAGAAAAAGGAAAACAUGUUUAGAAUCUGAAGCUUCACGUCUCGACCUUCUUAGAUUACUGGCAAGAGACGGCAUGACAUCAGUCAGCUGCUCCACCUCAUCACAUGUGAUGGUGUGUGUGUGUGUGUGUGUGUGUGUGUGUGUGUGUGUGUGUGUGUGUGGUUACUCAGCAUGUGUCGAGUCACAAGUUGAACCGCCGUCCUGGAAGACGUUGAGGAAGUCAGGAGGAAAAACUGAGAUCAGUCCUCACGUACUCCUCGUCUGCUGGAAGCUUCUUCUGUAAUUUACUUAGAAAACUCAUCAUCUUCAUCUUCGUCUUCUUCACCUCCUCCUCACAGAGGUGAAGCUGUGACAUCAGUCCUGAUGUCACAGCUUCACCUCUGAUUUCCACAAUCAGCCAAAACUCCCAGAACUAUGGGUUUAUCCUGGUGUACGCGAGGACGGACCGGAUCAGUUUCAGGAUUCUUCUCCAGAUAAACUCAUACUGUCUCUGGAGAGGGGCUGAAGGAUUCCAGACAUCAUCAUCAUCCAGCAUCAUCAUCAUCCAGCUGAGUAAAACAAGAUCCAGAUGAGACUUCCGUCAGACCCGUUUCAUCCACGAUCCCGUUUCCAUGCCCUAGUUAAUGAUUAACCCCCCAAAGUGUUGCCUUACACCUCUUCUUUACAUCCAUAUCCAUUUAAAACACGAUCCAGUUUCUCUUCUGGACCAGGUCUGGUUCCUGAUCCGUUAAAACGGGUCCAGAACCAACAGCUGGAUUUUAACACCUGGAACAUUCAGAUUAACGUGACUAUCAGUUUGACCUCGAAGGUGAUGUGAGCUGAAACGGUCACCAUGGUGACCAGGAUGGUGGUGAAGCCUGUGUGUGUGUGUGUGUGU